ACUCUUAGUGAUGUCUUUAAUUUGUUGGCUGCUUGAAUUGUCAAUCAACAUUGUGGUGGAACGAUGUGGUAACUACCUCCAAUGUUGUUGUUUUUUAUUGAUUACUCUUUUAACUCCUCAUAUGCUCUUUUUAUUCUUUGGUUGUUGGUUCAGGAACUAGUAUUGAUUGAAGGGCCUUGAUUGAAUUUCUGACUGAAGCAUUUGGUCGAAAAUACUUGUGCAUACUUUUAUCCAUCAUCUAAUUCUCUAAUGGUUAUUCAUGACAUCUUCCAAAGUGUCUGACUGUUUAUUGUUACAUUGUAUUAGUGUGGACAAGGAAGGGCUCAUUCCCUCUUUUUAUUAUUGCCAGCUUUCUUGAAUGGUAGGCCACUGCCCUUAUUUACGGAGGAUUCUUAGUUGAUGGCUGUAUCGUGUUCCAUCCUCCCCCAGCUGCCACCAACCUCACUUUCUGGAUGGAUUUGCUAAUGGGAUUCCACUAAUACAAUACUAUCACCCAACCCUCACCCAUCAUUAUCUGGAGUUUCGUUCACCAUUUUCCGUAUUAUUUUUGUCUUCCCUUUUUCUUUUUCUAACUCUGAUUAUUGGGUUUCAUGCUUUGAGGGAAAUUAUACUUUCUUCCUUUCUCUUCUUUCGAUGUUCCCCUAUCAAACUCAGGUAAUCCAAGCACGAUUGAAGUGAUAAUUUCUCCAUAUUUAUCUUCUUUGUUGAAAUAAAAUGGGUUAUUAAUAAGUUUUUUGUCCUGUAUAAUGUGUGAGAUUUCAAAAAAGUCGAAGGAACACUCCUGGGUUUAGAGAUAAAGCAAGCAAGUUGGAACGUGGUUAAAUCCGAGUCUGGUGAAUAAUAUUAAGGAUGGGCAUGCAAAUUCGUACUCGAAUGUGGUGGGAGAAAUGCCAUCUAGGGGGUAAGAAUGGGUGAAAGAAUCGCAAUGAUGGGUCUGCUUCUCUUUUAGAGAUUGCUAAUGAUGCAGGUACCAGUAGGAUUUGAACCCAGGACUUAGGAAAUUUUAAUCCGAAUCAGCAGUUAACUGGAAUGGCGACGGUGCCGAAGGUGCUGGAGUUUUACAGUGGAAUCGGCGGCAUGAGGUACUCGCUGGUGAAGGCUCAGGUGAACGCUGAAGUAGUUGAAGCAUUUGAAAUCAAUGACACUGCCAAUGAUGUUUACCAGCACAAUUUUGCUCAUCGUCCUUAUCAGGGAAAUAUUCAAUGCCUGACUGCUGCUGAUCUGGACAAGUAUGGUGCUGAUGCAUGGCUUCUUUCUCCUCCCUGCCAACCUUACACACGGCAAGGUCUCCAGAAGGACACGGGUGAUGCUCGGGCAUUUUCUUUUCUUCAGAUUCUUGAGCUUAUGCCAUCCUUAUCGAGGCCUCCAAGUAUGUUAUUUGUGGAAAAUGUUGUUGGAUUUGAGACAUCUGAUACGCAUGCAAAACUCAUAGAAAUAUUGGAAAAAACGAAUUUUGUCACACAGGAGUUCAUUUUGAGCCCUUUACAGUUUGGAAUCCCAUAUUCUAGGCCUCGUUAUUUUUGCCUGGCUAAAAGAAAACCUUCGUCUUUUGUAAAUGAAUUAUUUAACAGCCAGCUCAUUCAAUCUCCGAGGCCCUUGUUUGAGCAUUUCGGUACACUGGUUAAUGAAGAUAGUUCAUUACAAGAGGAUAGGCAUAAGUUGUUGCAGUCAUGUCAACCUAUUGAGAAAUUUCUUGAAUUCAAGAACCAUAGAAGUGAUGUAGACGUUGAAUCUGCAGCUUUAAUGACUGGUUUAUCAAAUGACACCCCUGGAACAUUGAAAGAAGAUAGUGAUCAUGGUGUUGAUUCUUCAGACCAGUAUUACCAGUAUUACGUCCACCCAAGCUUGAUAGAGCGGUGGGGAAGUGCUAUGGAUGUUGUUUACCCUGAUUCAAAGCGCUGCUGUUGUUUUACGAAGAGUUAUUACAGAUAUGUAAAGGGAACGGGAUCCCUUUUGGCAACAGUCCAGCCAAUAAAGAGGGACAAAACAUCACUAAAGGAGCAGUGCCUUAGAUAUUUUACACCGAGAGAGGUUGCAAAUCUACACUCUUUUCCUGAAGAUUUUGAGUUUCCAGAGCACAUUAGUCUCAAACAGCGGUAUGCAUUGCUAGGAAACAGUUUAAGCAUAGCUGUUGUCGCUCCCUUACUUCAGUAUCUCUUCACUGAACCUUAACCAUUUUUCUUCGACAACGUGCAUUCCAAUCUAUCACCUAGUGGGAGAAUGAUUUGAGUUCUUGUUUCAAUCAUGAUGAUCCAACUCUUGUAGAGUUUGAGUAUCUUUACCACAGAAUUCAAAUUUCUAGUGUAUAAUUCAGUGACUAUCCUCUUAAAAAUUGUCUAACAGGUGGGCGUGUAGUGUAAUUGAUGUUUGGAAGAGAUUCCAAAUGUAUUUGUCAAGCAUUUUGCUGAAUAAUGAAUGGGAUAUUGUAUUAUAUUUGAAAUUUUUACACAUUUCAAGUUCCUGUUGCAGUACAGAUUUCAUUGUGAAUUCUUUGUCAUUUAAGAGUUGUUGCAUUGUCAUAUUUGUAACUGUCA